GUGCUGAUUUAGAAUGACUCGGGUGCCACCGCGAAGCUUCUAAUUGAAUCACCAUGCGAAUUGAUGAUGAAUUUCGGAAGGUCUGAGAAUACAUCGCAUGGCACUGUAUGGAAGAUCGAGCUUUUGGAAUGGUGAUGAUGGCCGCGCACGGACCCCUUGGACGACAUCUCUUCACCACCAUGCUCUCGUUUGCAAAAUCAACUCGCUGUGUUCCGUGUAAAGUGAGCGGUAUAUCCGUAGACCAGUCUACCAAGAACCUCCUCGAGUUUUAAUAACCCGCCGAACGGCGAGUCCAAGUCGCCAAGAUGGUGAAUAUCACAGAGAAGAUCAAAGAGAUCGAGGAGGAGAUGAAAAGAACCCAAAAAAAUAAGGCAACGGAAUAUCAUCUUGGUCUACUCAAAGGAAAACUCGCCCGACUUCGUGCCCAAUUGCUCGAACCCGGCCCAGGCGCCGGAGGUGCUGCAGGGACAGGUUUUGAUGUUUCAAAAUCGGGUGAUGCUCGAAUCGCUCUCGUUGGGUUCCCCUCAGUGGGCAAGUCCACAUUCCUCUCCAAGGUGACCAAGACAAAAUCAGAGGUCGCUGCGUACUCCUUCACAACGCUCACGGCCAUUCCCGGUGUGCUCGAGUAUGGCGGUGCGGAAAUCCAGGUGCUCGAUCUGCCCGGUAUCAUCGAAGGUGCCUCCGAAGGCAAGGGUCGUGGACGGCAGGUCAUUUCGGCUGCAAAGACAAGCGAUAUGAUCCUUAUGGUCCUUGAUGCUACCAAGCGUGCCGAACAGCGGGCUCUGCUCGAAGCAGAAUUGGAAGCAGUCGGGAUCCGUCUCAAUCAAGACCCACCGAACAUCUACCUCAAGCCGAAGACCGCAGGCGGCAUGAAGAUCACCUUCGCCUCGCCACCAAAGAAUCUUGACGAGAAGAUGCUGUACAACAUUUUGCGCGAUUACCGAAUGCUAAACUGUGAAGUCCUGGUGCGAGAUGAAAAUGCCACGGUCGACCAAUUCAUCGACGUCAUCAUGAAAGACCACCGAACGUACAUCAAAUGCCUUUACGUCUACAACAAAAUCGACAGCGUCAGUCUCGCCUUCCUCGACGCCCUGGCCCGUGAGCCCAACACCGUCGUCAUGAGCUGCGAGCUGGACCUGGGCAUUCAGGACGUCGUCGACCGCUGCUGGGCCGAGCUGCGCCUGAUGCGCAUCUACACCAAGCGCAAGAGCGACGAGCCCAGCUUCGACGAGGCCUUGAUCGUCCGCAGCGGCAGCUCCAUCGAGGACGUCUGCGACGCCAUCCAUCGCGACCUCAAACACAGCUUCAAGUAUGCGCUGGUCUGGGGCGCGAGUGCCCGCCAUGUGCCUCAGCGCGUCGGCCUGGCGCACGUGGUGGCGGAUGAGGAUGUCGUGAGCAUUGUGGGGAGCAAGAGCGGGUUGGCGACGUCGACGAAGCAGAAUUGAGAGCAACUGGAUUCUUCAUCUCCUUCGCUUAGAUUUUCUUGUUUCCAGACCUAUAACCCCACAACCCACUGUUCCGAUGUGUUCUUGGUUCUUCGUUCGGCUUCCGCAGUUGAGAGAUGCUUCCCGCAUUGGGUCCCCAGAUCGGGACAUGAUACAGUCUGCAUGUGCGAUUGACGGAAUGUAUCCAAGUGUACCGGGCAGAGAUCAAUGAGCGGCGUUGAACUUUCAAUGAUGUUAUGAUGCGCGCGUCAGGUCAGGGAGAAUAUUCUCCUGUUGUGC